UCCAUAAACCCGACGCACGGAAGAAGCAUCACUAUCCCAUUGACCAUGACAACCGUCGUACAUCGCCGCGUCCUCGCGGGGGCAGCCACGGCCCUCUUUGCCUCGUCCGUGUACCCUGUCUACAACCCCCGCUGCAUGGACGGCGCCAUGCGUCUCGACGACGACGACCCGAUCGUGCAUGCGACCCGGGAGAUUGCGUUCCAAACCGGCGUCACGCAUCCGGAGAACGUGCACGUGUAUGUGUCUAUGGAUGGAGAGACUGGCGGAUCCAUGGGUGCCAACGUGUUUGGCCGCGGCAGCGUGUGCAUCUCGAACGCAGUGUACCGUGGGUUCCAUCUCGACGAAAAUGUCGACGAUGAGGACGACGACGACCUUCCGUCGAAGGAGGAAGCCGAGUUCAUCCUGGCACAUGAAUGCGUACAUCUUGCCAAGAACCACUCGCUGGUCAUGUCGUCGUUCGUCCCCAUGGCGAUGCUCUCCAGCGCGUCCCUCACCACGAAAGUGUCGAACAAGUUCCUCGCGACGUUGCUUGGCGUGGGGUCGCUUGUCGUCGGCGGCAUUUACCUGUCCUGGUGGAUGGAGUACGAAGCCGACCACGGCGCGGCCUCCCUCGGCCAUCGCUUCCACAUCGGCGGACUCUCCACCCUCGAGCGCACGCGUCGACGGAACUGCAUGUUCAAGCAGACGCACCCCACACGAUGGAUCACGGACGAAGGCAACUACCUCGCCGACACGGCGCAUCCAUGGCUCACGACUCGCAUCGACCACCUUGCGUCUCAUAACAUCGACGACUGCCACAACUGCGCCUUCUGCUCGCUGGUUUCCACGCCCUUCCGCAGCACCUAAUCUAUUUAAUCUAUCGUCAACUUAUCGAAUA